AGUUGUUCCAGUGGUGUCAUACUCGCAAAGUGAUUGCAGACUUUUAAAAGCACCUAAUUGCUAAGCUUGCUAAGUGUAGUGGUUAAACUUUGGGAUCGGAACAAAAUUGAUAUGUUCAAGUAUAACCUGCGAAAAUAAGUGCUAAAAUGUGGACAGCUUUGUAUUUAAUUGUGUUGGCAAUCCAUUGGGGGAAAGUUACUUCCACCAUUUCCACUACUACAACACAACAUCCAUCAAUUGGCGGAUAUGAAUCAAAGAACUGUGGUUACCAGACAUGUCAUCCAGUAAAAGAGGGUUACAUCAAUGUCCACAUAGUGGCACAUACACACGAUGAUGUGGGAUGGUUGAAAACUGUGGACGAAUAUUACUAUGGCAAUAGAAACGACAUUCAAAUCGCAGGAGUUGAAACCAUUUUGGAUUCAGUAAUAGACUCGUUGAAGAAGGACCAUAACAGGAGGUUUAUCUACGUGGAGACUGCCUUCUUCUGGAAGUGGUGGAUCAAGCAGCAUGAUACCGUAAAGGCUCGUGUGAGGAAGUUCGUCAAAAACGGCCAACUGGAAUUUAUAGGUGGAGCUUGGACUAUGAACGACGAAGCCACCACUCACUACCAAUCUAUUAUCGAUCAAUUUACUUGGGGGUUAAGGAAACUUAAUGAUUCGUUCGGGGAAUGCGGUCGUCCCAAGGUGGGGUGGCAGAUUGACCCCUUUGGCCACAGCAGGGAAAUGGCUUCUAUUUUCUCCCAGUUAGGCUUCGACGGGGUUUUGCUAGGUAGGAUAGACUAUCAGGAUAAAAUCAUGAGGAUGCUGACCAAAUCAGCUGAGAUGGUGUGGAGAGGAAGCUCGAAUCUAGGUUCGAAGAGUGACAUUUUCACCGGAGUGAUGUACAACACUUAUUCGCCACCCAAAGGGUUCUGCUUCGAUAUCAUUUGUACCGAUGAACCCAUAAUCGAUGAUAAGAAAAGUCCCGACUACAACGUGGACCGAAGAGUUGACGAAUUUUUUGCUUACGUCAAGAACGUAUCGGACUGUUACGCCACUAGCAACAUUAUUGUUACCAUGGGGGAGGAUUUCAACUACCAAAACGCAGAGCAAUGGUUUAAGAACUUAGACAAAUUGAUACACUACGGCAACCUUCGCCAAAAGGAGGGUUCCAAGUACAACCUGAUAUACUCAACGCCUUCAUGCUACGUCAAAGCCAUCUAUGACGAAACCAACGGAAAAGCUAAGUGGCUCGUAAAAGAGGACGAUUUCUUCCCCUAUGCCAGCGACUCCCACGCUUAUUGGACGGGCUACUUCACAUCCAGGCCUACCAUUAAACGAUUCGAAAGAGAAGGGAACAAUUUCUUGCAAGUGUGCAAGCAACUAUAUGCUCUAGCAGAUCUAGGUCCAGAAGAUAGAGUUGAUCUCAACGUUCUAAGAGGAGCCAUGGGGGUGAUGCAACAUCACGAUGCUGUAACCGGUACGGAAAAAGAACAUGUAGCCCAAGAUUACACCAGGAUUUUGUCGCAGGGACUGGAUGAGUGCGAGAUCAUCACCAAUGAGGCUUUGAGGCAACUUUCGUCAACUACCGAUCAACAAAGAGUUGAUCCCGAGCCAUCUGUUGUACUAAACUUCACAACUUGUCGCCUGCUUAACGUCAGUCAAUGUGAAUUUACAGAAACACAGGAUACCUUCGUGGUUACCAUCUACAACCCUUUAAGUCGACUUGUCACCAAGUUCGUGAGGUUGCCCGUGCAGAAGUCAAAUUACACUGUUCAUGAUCCGAAUGGUGAUCUAAUACCCUCCCAGCUAAUUCCCAUUGCGGAACCAAUUCUGAAAAUACCAGGCAGACAGAGCGAAGCUGUUUUAGAACUGGUAUUCCAAGCUAAGGAUAUUUCUCCGCUGGGUUUCAAGUCUUACUUUGUGCAAAAAUCUGCUGAGAAAGUACCAACACAAGAAGAGAUGUCUGAAAACGACAUCGAGGACGCAGAAAUCCAGAUAAAUCCAGCGACGGGCUUGGUUACCCAAAUCACCACCAACCAAAGGCACCUUAAGCUCGAUCAAGAGUUCUUCUACUACAAAGGUUUCGUUGGUGAUAACAAGAAAGUAACCAACCGGUCCUCAGGGGCUUACAUCUUCAGGCCUACCGGGGAAGCGGUCAAGGUGGCUGAGAAAGCGAAGUUCACGCUACAGAAAGGCUUCUUGGUGUCGGAGGUACACCAGCAGUUCAACGACUGGGUCAGCCAGAUCGUGAGGAUCUACCGGAACGAGAACUAUGUCGAAUUCGAUUGGUUGAUUGGUCCUAUUCCAACUGAUGAUGCAAACGGAAAAGAAAUCAUCACAAGGUACAAAACGUCCCUUAACUCCGACUCUGUCUUCUACACGGACUCCAACGGUCGCGAACUGAUCAAGAGGGUGAGGAAUUUCAGACCCACUUGGAAAUUAAAGCUGCAAGAACCCGCCGCUGGUAACUACUAUCCUGUUACUUCCAAAAUACUCCUACGGAGCGGCCAGGAUGAGUUCGCUGUAUUGACGGAUAGAGCCCAGGGAGGAAGCAGUCUUAGCGACGGAGAAAUUGAGCUCAUGUUGCACCGAGAGUGUCUCCACGACGACAGUUUUGGAGUGGGUGAAGCUUUGGUCGAGAAGGCCUUCAACAAAGGGCUUGUGGCGAGGGGUUCACAUUAUUUAGUUUACGGUAGCACAAGCAAUACAAAUCCUGACGGAAGGUCAGUCGCGACCCAAGAGCGGGUUUUGGCGCAAAACAAACUACUCUCAGCUUGGACGUUCCUGUCUUCUACCCAAGGACUUUCUUUCUCAGAAUACAAGGCCAUGUUUAAAAUGGAAUACGCAGGUCUGCAGAAAGCUCUUCCCGACAACGUACAAAUCUUGACUUUAGAACCUUGGAUCGGAUUCAGCUUUUUGUUAAGAUUGGAGCACAUCCUGGAGAACAACGAAGAUGCCGUUUUGUCUAAACCCGCAACCGUUAACCUUAAGAAUCUCUUCGCUCCCUUCGAGAUACUCUCCAUCAAGGAGACAACGCUGGGCGCAAACCAGUGGCUUGCCGAAAACGACAGGCUGAAGUUCGACGUCGCCGCUAGUCUCGAGGCUUUGGUUCACCUAGAUCACAGUGUGGACGAUUCGGAGCUCAGGAAGAAAUGGAACCGUUCGGCGUACAUAAACAAUAACGUUAAACGAGGUGUCACCAUCGACGUGCCGGAAGACAUUGAGGAUUUCACGGUGAACCUCACUCCGAUGCAGAUUCGUACUUUUGUGAUAGAAGUGAAGAAGAACUCGUUGAAUGUUUGAACAUUUUUUGUUGUGUGUAGGUAAAGGUAGGCUUAUAGCUGUAAUUAUAAAUAAAAGAAAAUAAAUUUAGUGGAAAUAUA